CUACAUACCUUUAAGAACAUAUUUCUAUUAAAUAUUUACAACAUAACAAUUUAAUAUUUUUAAAUAAUAUCGAGUUUUGAAUUUAAAGCGAAGUAAUAUAUUCUCUGAAGUCCUCCCCUGUCCGGUUUAGUGAAUGUAAGUGCCCACAGUGUGUACCACGUGUGGCGACCGAAGUGCGUGUUGGGUGUCCAGUGAAUUCCAUGUGCACGAUUGUACGUUUUUAUCAAGUAGUAUUCAUGUUUUGCGUUUAGAAUACUCUAUUAAAAGAUGUUGUUUGCGAAGGACAUACCUUGGAGGCGCGUUGAAGGCAUAUCAUUUGGGAUAUAUUCCUCCGAAGAAAUAAGAAAGCUGAGUGUGAAGACAAUCACCAACCCCCGUUUUUUGGAUAAUGUGGGGAAUCCUUCUGUCAAUGGUCUCUAUGACUUAUCCCUGGGACCUGCAGACUCCAAGGAAGUGUGUGCCACCUGUACACAGGACUUCAACAACUGCCCUGGUCACAUGGGUCACAUUGAGCUGCCGCUGCCAGUGUACAACCCACUGUUUUUUGAUAAACUGUACCUUCUGGUGCGCGGUUCCUGCCUGAACUGCCACAUGUUGACCUGUUCCCGUGGAAUCAUUCACCUGCUGUUGAACCAGCUGAAGGUCCUGGAUGUGGGUGUCAUUCAGGCUGUCUAUGACCUGGAGGAAAUACUCAACAGGUUCCUGGUGAAUAAUGCCAAGGCCACCGCAAACGAGAUUCAGGAGGUUCUGGAGGAGUACACUACAGAGAUUCUCAAAAACAGUCAGCCGGGCGUGCAGAACGCUGUGAAAAAUGUUUGUGAAAGCAAGAACACUUUAAUCAAGGACUUCUGGAGAUUGCACAUGAACGCAAAGAGGUGUUCACACUGCAAAACUGGCAGAUCAGUAGUCCGUAAAGAACAUAACAGCAAGCUCACAGUAACAUACCCCACAGCUGUGCACAAAGAGGCAAAGAAAGGGAAAGCGAAUGUUGAGCCUGAAGUGGAUGUUCUGGAUGAAUCCCUGCUGGGAAAGAGGGGGUACCUGACACCCAGCACUGCCAGGGAACAUAUUGUGGCGCUCUGGAAGAAUGAAGGUUUCUUCUUGAAUCUUCUCUUUUCGGGACUGGAGGUCUGUGCAAGUUCCACGGCAGAAUUCAAUCCAGACAUGUUCUUCCUGGACCUCCUUGUAGUGCCACCUUCCAGGUACCGCCCAGUCAACCGGCUUGGGGAUCAGAUGUUCACCAAUGGACAGACGGUGAAUAUGCAGGCGGCGAUGAAGGACUGUGGAAUGAUACAGAAACUGCUAGCCUUCAUGGCGCAGGAUAAGAGCCAGCCCGUAGAGACCAUAGAGAACAUGGAAACUGAAAUACAGGAAAUACAGGCAGAGGAUCCGACUGCAGCCCAGGCAGACCGCGCGUUCUUAUCUACAAUCCCUGGACAGACCCUGUCUGAUAAGCUCUACUCUGCCUGGAUUCGUCUCCAGAGCCACGUCAACGUUGUGUUCGACAGUGACUUGGAUAAGCUGAUGACUGAAAAAUACCCUGGCAUUCGACAGUUGCUGGAGAAGAAGGAUGGUCUGUUCAGAAAGCAUAUGAUGGGAAAGAGAGUGGACUAUGCAGCCCGUUCUGUUAUCUGCCCUGACAUGUACAUUAAUACCAACGAGAUUGGAAUACCUAUGGUGUUUGCCACGAAGCUGACGUUUCCUCAGCCUGUCACUCCCUGGAACGUGCAGGAGCUGAGGCAGGCUGUGAUCAACGGCCCCAACAUCCACCCAGGAGCCUCCAUGGUGAUCAACGAGGAUGGGUCUCGCACCAUUCUCAAUGCCUCCAACAAGACCCAGAGAGAGGCCGUCGCCAAGCAGCUUCUCACACCCUCCAAUGGGAACCAGAAAAUGGCCAUGAAAAUUGUGAACCGGCACAUAAAGAAUGGGGAUGUGCUGCUGCUGAACCGCCAACCCACCCUGCACAGACCCUCCAUCCAGGCCCACCGCGCCCGCAUCCUGCCUGGGGAGAAGGUGCUGCGGCUGCACUACGCUAACUGCAAGGCCUACAACGCUGACUUCGAUGGGGACGAGAUGAACGCACACUUCCCUCAGAGCGAGCUCGGACGGGCUGAGGCCUAUAUCCUCGCCAGCACUGACCAGCAGUACUUGGUUCCUAAGGAUGGCAAACCCCUGGCAGGCCUGAUCCAGGAUCACAUGGUCUCGGGAACAGGCAUGACGAUUCGUGGCUGUUUCUUCACACGAGAUCAGUACAUGGAGCUGGUGUACCGAGGGCUGACAGAUAAGAGGGGCAAAGUAAAGAUGCUUCCUCCUGCCAUUGUCAAGCCCUAUCCACUGUGGACAGGGAAACAGGUUGUUUCUACGUUGCUGAUAAAUGUAAUCCCAGAAAACCAAAUCCCUCUGAACCUGAUGGGAAAGGCCAAGAUUCCAGGCAAGGCCUGGAUUAAGGGGUGGCCUCGCCCUGUUCCAGGCUACAACCCUGACUCCAUGAGCGAGUCCAUGGUGAUAAUCCGAGAUGGGGAGCUGCUCUGUGGUGUUCUGGACAAGGCUCACUAUGGUAGCUCUGUCUAUGGCCUGGUCCACUGCUGCUAUGAGCUGUAUGGAGGGGAGACCAGCGGCAAGCUGCUGACCUGCCUGGCUCGUCUUUUCACAGCCUACCUGCAGCUCUACAGGGGCUUCACAAUGGGUGUUGAAGACAUUUUGGUAAAACCCAAAGCUAAUGUGAAAAGACAGAAGAUCAUUGCAGAGUCUACCAAAUGUGGUAGCAAGGCAGUUCGAGCUGCGUUCAAUCUUCCUGAUACGGCCACGGUCAUCGAGGCCAGAGACAAGUGGCAAGAUGCCCACCUCAACAAAGACCAGCGAGACUUCAACAUGGUGGACCUGAAGUUCAAAGAGCAGGUCAACCAAGUCAACAAUGACAUCAACAAGGUGUGCAUGCCCCUGGGUCUUCAUAGACGUUUCCCAGAGAAUAACCUCCAGAUGAUGGUGCAGUCAGGAGCCAAGGGGUCAACUGUCAACACCAUGCAGAUUUCCUGCCUGCUGGGACAGAUUGAAUUGGAAGGCCGCAGACCCCCACUUAUGCCUUCUGGGAAAUCCCUGCCCUGCUUCCAGCCUUAUGACAUUUCCCCCCGAUCAGGGGGGUUUGUGUCGGGCAGGUUCCUCACAGGCAUCAAACCACCUGAGUUCUUUUUCCAUUGCAUGGCUGGUAGAGAAGGCCUGGUAGAUACCGCUGUUAAAACCAGUCGCUCGGGUUACCUGCAAAGGUGCAUCAUCAAGCACUUGGAGGGUCUGGUGGUGCAGUACGACCUGAGUGUGCGGGACAGCGAUGGCAGUGUGGUCCAGUUCCUCUAUGGGGAGGACGGACUGGAUGUCCCCAAGACGCAGUUCCUACAGCCCAGCCAGUUCCCAUUCAUAAUGGACAACUACGAGGUAAUCAAGAAAUCAAAACAUUUAGACGAGGUCUUGGCUAAAAUGGAACCUGAAGUUGCACAUAAGCACUUUAAAGCCAUUAAGAAAUGGAAAGCCAAACAAAAGAGUCCCUCUCCACGGAACGGAGCCUUCCUGCUGUACUCUGAGAAGAAAAUGGCGUCGAUCAAGAAACUCAAUCUCCCAGAGGGGCUUGUAAGCGGCAGAGACCCCGCCUCACAGCAGUUGCUGGAGACAUGGUACUCGAUGGAUGAGAAGAGCCAGCACAAAUACAUCAAGAAGGCCUCUCGCUGCCCUGACCCCUGUCUGGCGGUCCAUCGGCCAGACGUUUCCUUUGGCUCGGUUUCCGAAACCUUCGAUGCCAUUGUGGAGAAGUACAUGGCAAACUAUGAUCCCAGGCAAAGCAACAGCUACGGCAACGAAGAACUGUCUUUGGACCGGUUGCAGACGCUGCUUCAUCUGAAGUGGCAGAGGGCACUGUGUGACCCUGGGGAGGCUGUGGGGCUGUUGGCGGCUCAGAGUAUAGGGGAGCCCUCAACUCAGAUGACCCUCAACACAUUUCACUUUGCCGGCAGAGGAGAGAUGAACGUCACGCUUGGUAUCCCCAGGUUGCGUGAAAUCCUGAUGGUUGCAAGUUCUAACAUCAAGACACCGAUGAUAAGUGUUCCAGUACUAAACACUACGAAAGCGCUGAAGAGGGUGAAAAAGCUGAAGAAGAAACUGACCAAGGUGUGCCUUUCAGAGGUCUUACACAAAGUCGAUGUUGAAGAGUCAUUCAGAGUUGAGGGGAGGCUGACCAAGUUCCGUGUCUAUCAGCUCACUUUUCACUUCCUGCCCCACGAGCUCUAUGAGAAGGAGAAGUGCCUGACCCCGGAGCAGAUUCUGCAUUACAUGGAGUCCAGGUUCUUUAAGAUCCUGCUGGACGCAAUCAAGAGGAAGAGCUCAAAACUGUCCUCUUUCAAAGCUGUGAACACUCGGAAGGCGACACAGAAAGAUUUGGACCGUGAUUCUGGGGAAUCUCAAGAAAAACAGGAUGACGGUGAUGAGGUUCAAGACGAUGGGAAGAUCGUCGACGCAGAGGCAGACGAGGGAGACGCAGACGCCUCGGAUGCCAAACGGAAAGAGAAGCAGGAAGAGGAGGUUGAUUAUGAGAGUGAGGAGGGAGAAGAGAAGGAGGAGGAUGAUGCAGUAGAGGACUCUUCCUCUCCGGGGCAGCAGGACGAGCAGGAAGAAGACCAUGAGGAUGAGCAGGGGGCUUCUGUCCCUCCUACUAGACGGACCACGCGGAACAACGGGUCAGGCGACCUGAGAGUGAAAGCAGUGCUGGGGUCCAGCAGUGCCAUUGAGGGCUACAGCUACGACACACAACACAGUCUGUGGUGUGAGAUUACUCUGAAGCUCCCAGUUAUGAAGAUGCACUUUGACUUGACCUCCCUCGUGGUGUCUGUGGCUCGCAGUGCAGUGGUGCACGAGACUAAAGGCAUCACCCGCUGCUUGCUCAACGAUGCGACCACCAAGACCGGAGAGAAGGAGCUCAUGCUGAUCACUGAAGGAAUAAACCUGGCCGAGCUGUUCAAAUACACAGAGAUUUUGGACCUGAAACGGCUGUACUCCAACGACAUCCACGCCAUCGCUGGCACAUACGGAAUCGAGGUAGCACUCAGGGUCAUUGAGAAGGAGAUCAAGGAUGUGUUUGCGGUAUACGGUAUUGAAGUGGAUCCCCGCCACCUGUCCUUGGUGGCUGACUACAUGUGUUUUGAAGGCGUAUACAAACCCCUCAGUCGAAUCGGGAUACAGUCCAGCUCUUCUCCGCUGCAGCAGAUGACAUUUGAAACUAGCUAUAAAUUCCUCAAGCAAGCGACUAUGCUGGGAGCCCAUGAUCAGCUGAAGUCUCCAUCUGCGUGCCUGGUGGUUGGGAAGGUGGUUAAAGGAGGCACUGGUCUGUUUGACUUGAAGCAGCCUCUUCAGUAGCACUGGACCUGAGGAGUACAGUGCCAGGAUAUGAACACUGUUGAACUGUAUAGGCCCUUUAUUUAACAUGGAUUGUCAAACUCAAAUGACACUGCACCCAAAUACCUAUUGAAGUUCCCAACCACACAUUGUGUAUGAUUUCACUUCAAUGUGUUACUGUGGGCACACACUGGACUACCUAAUGUUAACUUACUGUAGGUAGCUAAGGUAACGCCUGUGAACCUGGCUGACUAGUUAACGAUCCUGUAUCCCAGCUUGCUUUUGCAUAUGCUCAUUUCAGUGGGACAUUUUAUUUAUUUGUUUUUUUAAAUUUUAUUUUGUUAUGUUUCAUUUAAUGAGGAUAUACAGCGGCUGCAAUUGACUCCAUCAGCAAGUUAGUCAAUCUGUUUCAGUUGCUUCUUUGUUUAUAUUGGACAAAUGUACAAUUUUAAUAAUAUAUAUUUUUUAAAUAUAUAGAUAUUUAGAAACAAGGAUAACCAGAAAUAACCUUUUAAAAUGUAGAGCUUUGUUUUUUUGUUUUACUCCAAGACACACACACACACACACUUUGAUUAUAUGCCAUGGCCCACAUGAAAAAGCAUCUCAAGAGAAGAGUGUUCUUACUAUUGGUUGCAGGAACUUUCAUUUCAUUGGUUCCUUGUUCCCGGGGGCGGGAUUUGUAGGAAUGGGGUCUUUUUGAGCUGCAGCGGCUGAGGAGGCAACAUGUCCUGUAUGAAGUUACUCACCCAGACCUGAAUUAUGUAUGAAGACAUGUAUUUCUGUGUUUAGUUGCUCUGCCUCACUGUGAGCUGUACAGCUUGCUGGUUCAUGUUCCUGGUUCAUUGGUUUAGUGUAAUUCUGAAACGGACUCAGUUACUUUCCUAUUACUAUUCUGAUGGUUUCUAUUUGUAUUGUAAGGGUCUCGCUCAAGCUUAAAAUGUUUGCAGUGAAUUAUAAAAUGUUGUAAACAUUCUA